AAAUGCCUUGCUCCUGGGUCCCAUUUCUUCUUUUGCCAAUCAAAACCAAGCAGCAUGGCUCCCAUUUUCAAUGCUGAUUGGGCAAAUCAAGCACCCAAUCAGGAAAGAGCAGAAGUGGCCUGGGAGGGAUUCUGGAAUGGUUUACAUCACAGGAAAAGGCAGAGGCAGCUGUCGAAGGAAAGAGUCUGAAGAGGGAGGGAGGAGGUGAGGAAAGCAGGAGACACAUCCAUUGAGAUUUCAUGGUCUCAACACAGGGCAACCCAGAUCCAAUACAGGAUGAUCCACCACUCGUUCUCAUAAGAUAAAAUGGCAUCCCAAAAGUACUCAGCAGCAGAAGUAAGAAGGACAGCGACCCCUACAGCCAGCCGAGCAAGUGUGAGGAGAGGGCUCUCGCGGAAAGCGACCCCCACAGCCAGCCGAGCAAGUGUGAGGAGAGGGCUCUCACCAACUCCUGCAGUGAGCAGAGCGGGUCUUCGGAGAGGAGUCACACCCUCACCAAGCCGGCUGAGGGCAGGCAGAAGGCUCCCAGUGAAGACGCCAUUCUUUGAAACGCAACGGGGUGAACUGGUCCUCCUCCUCCUGACCUUGAUCCUCUUGGUUCUUGUAGUGACCAUGACUACUCUCUAUUACCAAGAAGUCGGUAAAUUCAAUGACAUCAAGGAAGCACUGGCCGUAUUACGGGCCUUUGCCAUCAAGCAGGACACACGAUUUGAAAAGAAGAACGACCUUGAAGUGAUUGACUUGGCGCUAAACCUUACCUCGGAAUUCCUGGAAUCGGUGGAAGAAAAUGACAGGCUCCAAGCAGAAAUCGAUAAGCUCCUUGGGAUGCUUGGUGAGUGGGUCAUCUACAACAGGAACCUCUACUACUUUUCCGAAGAUGAAUUCACUUGGGAAGAGUCGAUACAGGAAUGCAUCAAGCGGGAAUCAGAGCUGAUCUCCGUGAAGUUUGGAGAGGAACAGGCCUUUGCUGACAAGGAGGCCACGCGCCUCAAUAACAGCUACUGGAUCGGACUCCGGAAGAACCAGUCUUUGAAAUUCGGCGUAGAGUGGCUGAAUCUCCAACUGAUCAGCACCACGUACUGGGAUGUGAAGAAGCCCAAAGGCGACGGCGACUGCAUUUACAUCGGGCCGAAUUGCACAACCAAGCAUUGCUGGAGGGACAAUCCCUGCACCAAUAAGAAAAGGUACCUGUGUAAGAAGGAGCCCAACCCACAUUGGUACAUUAUUUAAGAUGCAGCCGAUUUCUGGAAGCAACUUAGAGGAACACGUGCUUGGCGGGAAGCCUGGAAACCUGGAACCUCUGGGAAUGUGUCUGUUGAGUGCAAGCCAGAUGGGGCGCACUGGAUGCUCUGGGCCAUCUCUUGUAAUAAUAAAACAAAAUUAGUCUUAAGGCAUUAAAACAAUAAAAUAUUUCCUUAAAA